GCGCCGGGCCCAAGGCCGAGUCUGGUAGCCGGGGUCAGAGGUCAUAGGAGGCUGCGCUCGUGCUUCCACACUUCGCCCCGGCUGACGUCGGUGCGUAGAGGCCGAAAUCUGACCGCUGCGUCCUGCUGCUGCGCAAGGUGGGACGGGCCACUGCUGGCCGAACAGCGUCCAGAGGCGGCGAGUCUCCUCGGGGCCGCCGUAGUCACCAGAGUCUGUGGUCACGUGACCCGAGGUUGCACCAUGGCUACCCCCAAACCGCUGUCGCGCUUCUGGGAGUGGGGGAAGAACAUAGUGUGCGUGGGAAGGAACUACGCAGACCACGUCAAAGAGAUGCGCAGCACCGUGCUGAGUGAGCCUGUGCUCUUCCUGAAGCCGUCCACCGCGUAUGCUCCCGAGGGUUCGCCGGUGUUGGUGCCGGCUUACUCCCGCAACCUGCAUCACGAGCUGGAGUUGGGUGUGCUUAUGGGCAGGCGCGGUCACGCUGUCCCCGAGUCCGCCGCCAUGGACUACGUGGCGGGUUAUGCCCUGUGCCUGGACAUGACCGCCAGAGACGUUCAGGAAGAGUGCAAGAAGAAGGGGCUGCCCUGGACCCUGGCCAAGAGUUUCACGGCCUCUUGCCCGGUCAGCGCCUUCGUGCCUAAGGAGAAGAUUCCUGACCCUCACGCCCUGACACUGUGGCUCAAGGUCAAUGGUGAGCUCAGGCAAGAGGGCAUGACAUCGUCAAUGAUCUUUUCCAUCCCCUACAUCAUCAGCUACAUUUCCAAGAUAAUGAUCUUGGAAGAAGGAGAUCUGAUCUUAACUGGGACGCCAAAGGGAGUUGGGCAAGUUAAAGAAAAUGACGAGAUCGAGGCUGGCAUAGACGGGGUGGUCAGUAUGAGGUUUAAGGUGGAAAAGUCAGAAUAUUGAGUCUGUACAGCCCAGACUUCUUAAAGACGUGCCAGAACAGAAGGGAGACAGAAGCGAACAAAGGUUAUUAAAUGUGACGAUCUUAAUAGAAACCCAUUCUAAAAACUUGUUGCAUUGGAUUGCUAGCCUCCGUCAAGGAGGUGGACCCUUCAAAAAAACUAUGAUCUGAAAAAGCUGGAACAGAAAUGGGAAAACCAAAAUAAAGAAUAUAUAAUGCCUAAGAAAAGAAUGUGUCAAACUAAACUUCGAGGAGUUGUAGUUUCCUUCCCUAAAACUGAACUGAAUAAAAAGUCAUUCUGAAGUCAGUAGCUCAAGAUUUGAGAAUGUCAAAGGAAAGUGAAAGUCAAAUUCUGUCAAUAUUUCUCAAACUUUUCAUGGAUAUGAUAGUCAUCUGGAGGCAUUUUUAAAUCAAAAACUUAGAAACUGCUGGCUCUGACCCUCCACCAUGAAUAAUUAAUGAUACUAAUCUCUAGGGCUGCUGUGUUUACAGAACACUCCAAUUGAUUCUUACCAUGGGAACUGGAAAAGCACUACUUCCCAAAAUCAGGUUAAAGUUUUGAAUUAAAUGAGCAAUUGGCGAAGUCCUCCUCUGUUUAUCUGUACUGACCUGUGGCUUCUGAGUUUCGGAUAUAAUUUUGAAAUUGUUUUCAAAUAAAUAUGUAUGGCCUAGAA